AUGGCGAGACGUAUGAACUUAUUAACUAUUGAAAAGAACAUUCAGCAUUUAUGGAGGGAACAUAAUGUUUAUGAGAAAGAUUUUAGCGAUAUGAAUGAAAGCCGAUAUACAGGCAAUUUCCCUUACCCUUAUAUGAACGGUUUAUUACAUAUUGGUCAUGCUUUUACUUUAAGUAAAUUGGAUUUUAUAGUUCGAUAUAAAAAUAUGGUUUGUGAUAAUGUGUUACUUCCGUUUUCGUUUCAUUGUACAGGUACACCUAUUGUUGUGUGUGCCGAUAAAUUAAAGAAUGAAUUAAAUAAGAAGAAUAUACAAGAUUUUGAAGAUAUAUCAUAUGAGAAGAAGGAAGAUGAUUAUUCUUUAUGUAGAUCUAUUAGUGAUGAUAAAAAUAAUGUAGAUAAGAAUAAAUUAGUUGAAGAUACGGAUUCAAAUAAAAAGAAUACAGAUGUGACAAUAUUUCGUUCGAAUAAAAGUAAAGCUCAAUCGAAGGGUUCAAAACAAAAUACUCAAUAUGAUAUUAUGAAACAAAUGAAUAUAAAAGAUGAGGAAAUUCAUCUUUUCCAAAAUCCAGAAUAUUGGUGUUAUUAUUUUUCAUCAAAGGCUAAGGAUCAUUUAUAUUCAUUUGGAUUAUAUUGUGAUUGGAGAAGAUCAUUUAUAACAACAAAUAUUAAUCCAUAUUAUGAUAAAUUUGUAAGUUGGCACAUUAAUACUUUAUAUAAAAAAAAUCUUAUAUAUUAUGGUAGUAGAGUUACUAUUUUUAGUAGAUAUAAUAAUCAAGCAUGUGCGGAUCAUGAAAGAUCAGAAGGUGAAGGAGUCAAAUGUCAAGAAUAUACACUUAUCAAAAUUUUUGUUUCGAAUGUCAAAGAUUUUUAUUCUAUAUUUAUGAACAGCAUAAGAAGUAGCCAAUCGGUACUUAACGCAUGUAUCGAAAAAAAAGAAGCACCCAACAAUAAUAAUAACAAAAUAAACAAUAACAAAAUCAACAAUAACAAAAUCAACAAUAACAAAAUCAACAAUAACAAAAGUAAUAAUAACAAAAGCAAUAAUAAUAAUAAUUGUGGUAGUAGUGCCAAUAUAAGUAAUACCUUUUUUACAGAUUUCGAAAAAGGAGAAGAAGAUUUAAAAAAUAAAAUAUGGAAUGAAGACUUUUUUGUAAAAGAUAAAAAAGUUAUCUUCCUUGGUAGCACCUUAAAGCCAGAAACUGCAUAUGGACAAAAUUAUACUUUCAUCAACCCUAAUGAAUAUUACUAUUUAACCUUAGGAUUUGAUAAACAAAAUUUACAUUAUGGAGAUAAAAGUUAUGUAAAUAAUAUUAUGACGAAAGAAGAAAUUAUUAAUAGCUGUCCAAACAUUUAUGUGUGUUCAGAAAAUAGUUUAUAUAAUUUAGCAUAUCAAGGAAUAAUACCUCUUUUAAAAAAUAAAAAUAUAAAAAAUGUACAAAUUCCAAAAAGUGAAGAUAAUACUAAUGAUGAUGAUACUUUAGAAAAAAAAAACAAUGAUGUAAUAACAAAAAAUACAAACAAUAAUAAUAAUGAAAAUAAUAAUAAUAUGAAUAAUGUGUAUAACUUAGACGAUGUUUUCAUAUUAAAUAAAAUAAAGGGUGAACAUUUUGUAGGACUAGAGACAUAUACAAAUAUAUCGAAGAUAAAAAAUUUAUAUAUCUUACCUAUGACUACAAUAAAAAUGAAUAUCUCCACAGGUAUUGUACCCUGUGUGUCUAGUGAUAGUACGGAUGAUUAUGCUUGUUUAGAAGAUAUACGAAAAAAAAAAAAUUAUUAUUGUGAAAAGUAUAAUUUAAAAGAAGAACAAUUAAAAAAUAAUAGUGAAUCAUGUAUAGAACUACCAGAAAUAGGUAAUAAUACUGGUAAAUAUUAUUACGAAAAGGAAAAAGUAUCAUCUUAUAAAGAUGUAAAAUUACAAAAAAUAAAAGAGGUUUUAUAUAAGAAACAAUAUUUUGAAGGAAUAAUGACUGUCGAUCCAUAUAAAGGUAUGAAAACAUUUAAUUGUAGAAAAUUAGCAAAACAAAAUAUUAUUAGAAAUUUGGAUGGGUUCUUAUAUAGUGAACCUGAAGUUAUGGUAAUAGAUCGAAAUAACGUCAAAUGUAUUGCAGCUUUAUGUAAUCAAUGGUAUAUAAAUUAUGGAAAUAUGGAAUUUAAAAAAGAUGUUCUAAUACAAUUAAAAAAGAAUAAUUUCCAAACAUAUAAUGAUGUAUUAUAUAAACAAUUGCAACAUGUCAUUUUUUGGUUAGAUGAUUGGUCAUGUAGUAGAUCCUAUGGAUUAGGAACUUAUAUGCCACAAUUUGAUCAAAAUAAUCAAACGAAUAAAAAUGUUGAUAAUUAUCAAAAUAAUAAUGAGUAUGUAAUACCAUCCAAUGAUGAUAAUAACCAAAUAAACAAUCACCAUAUCAAUGUUGUGAAGGAGGAAGAAGAAAAGAAUGUACAUAUAAAAAACAAUUCACGAAAAGAAUUAAUAGAGAGUCUAUCCGAUUCAACUAUAUAUAUGGCGUAUUAUACGGUGAGUCAUUUUUUACAAGGAAGUGUUGAUGGUCAGAAAAGAGGUUUAUUAGAUAUUAGCGCAGAUGAUUUGAAUGAUGCUUUUUUUGAUUAUAUUUUUGAUAUUAGUGAUGAUACAAGUAAUAUAUCUAAACAUAUAUCUAAGGAGAAAUUAGUAAGAAUGAGGAGAGAAUUUACCUACUGGUAUCCUUUUGAUGUACGUAUAUCUGGUAAAGAUUUAAUUUUUAAUCAUUUAACAAUGGCUUUAUUUAAUCAUGUUGCUAUAUGGGGGAAAAAAGAAAAAUAUGAUCGAAAUAAGGAAGAUGUGGAAGAAAGAAGUAUUUUAGAUAGACAAACAGAAAUAUUAAAUGAGUUAGAAAAUAUUGAUUUAUCAAGUUAUGAGAAAAUAAAAUAUUUCCCACGUUCUUUUUUUUGUAAUGGACAUGUUUUAGUGAAUAAAGAAAAAAUGUCUAAGAGUAAAGGUAAUUUUAUAACCUUAGAAGAAAGUAUAGCUUUAUAUACUAGUGAUGGGACCAGAAUUGCCUUAGCAGAUGCAGGAGAUUCUAUAGAAGAUUCUAAUUUUAAUACUGAUACGGCAAAUAGUGCUAUUAUGAAGUUAUAUAAUUUGAUAAAUUUUUCUAUAGAAACAAAGAAUAAUGUAUAUAUAUUUAGAUGUGGUGAGAAAACAUUUAAUGAUUUGAUAUUUGAAAAUGAAAUAAAUUAUUUAACAAAUAAAUGUAAAGAAUCCUAUGAAAAAUUAUUAUUUCGAGAUGUUUUGAAAUAUGGUUUUUAUGAUAUGUUAUUAAAAAGAGAUACCUAUAGAAUGAUGUGUGAUAAAAUACAUAUGCAUAAAGAAACAGUAAAUUUUUUCAUAGAAAGAAUCUGUAUAAUUAUUAAUCCUAUUAUUCCACAUGUAACCGAACAUAUAUGGACUUAUAUUCUUAAGAAAGAUACAUUUUUAAUUAAACAAAAAUGGCCAUCACCUGAAGAAACCAAUUAUUCUAUAGUUAUGCAUAAGCAAAAUAAUAAUCUAUUGAAUGUUGUCGAAAUAUUUAGAAAAUCAUAUGAUAAGGUAAUCAAUAAAUGUAACAAGCAAAAGGUUGUGAAAGAUAAAAAUGUUUCAAAGGAAAACAAGAAUCACAAAGAUCUUAUAAACAAGAUAAAUAAUGAUGAACAGAAUAAAAAGAAUAAUGAUACAAAUGUAGAGACACAAAAUGAUUCUUCUGUUCAUAUUGAAAAAGAAAACAAUAAUGAUAAUCUGAAGAAGAACAUACAACAAAUAAAACAAAUAAACCACAUUAGCAACAAUAAUAAUAAUAAAGAUAAUAUUUGUGAUGGGCAUAAUAACGAUAUAGAUGAAGAUGAUGAUGAAGAAAGAGAUGAUGAAGAAGGUGCAAAUUAUUAUAAAGAAGAUGAAGAAGAAAAGAUGAAGUUUAAAGCAAUCGUUUAUGUAGCAAGGGAAUAUAAUGAUACUCAAAAGAAAAUUAUAGAAAUAUUAAAUAAUAUUAUUAAUAAUAGUGAAGAUAAAAAAUUACCAACGAAUUAUAUAAAUCUAUUAGUCCAAAAUACAUAUGUUAAUAAUUUACCAAAAAAUGAAAAAAAAGAUAUACUCAGUUUUGCAACUUUUCUAGUAAAAGAUAAUGUUACUUUAAAUAAUAAUCAAUAUGAAUUAUCAUUACCCUAUGAUGAAAUACAACUAAUUAAGGAUAAUGUAGAUUUCAUAAAAAGAAGUCUUAAUUUGGGAGAUAUACAAGUAUUAGAAAAUAAUAAAAAAAGUGAAAUUGAUAAUACUGAUAUAUAUAAAAUGUCUAAUCCGGGAUAUCCAUCCAUAUAUAUAUACAACACUGAAGGAUAA